AGAGGGGUCCUUCAGCACGUUGACCGUCCUCUGUAACUGGAGUUGGUGACAGCAGCAUGGGGAAAUAGAAAGUGUAUCUCGCUACACGCAGUGCUGUCUUUUUUUAUUUUUAUUUUUUUUUAAGCCAUGGCGGCGAAUCGCUACAUAUUUCUCUUUAAACGCCUGAAACGCCCCGUUUGCUCCGUCUCUCUACGCAGAAACGCCACCUUUUCUGUGUUACUUGAGAGUCCCUCCAGGCGCCCGGUGUCCCUGCUGCGCUCAGGCGGCGGUGGGAGCGCGCCUCUAUCCUGGACUCGAAGUAUAUCCUCCGGCAACUCGCCCAGACCUCCAGACACGUCUCUUUUCGUGCCCGUUGACAUCAAAACGGACUUCUCUGAGGAUGGGAGUGUGGGGGCCGAGCUCACACAGCCACUGGACAAAAGUGAACUCCUCAAAGUGCUGAACAGAUUCUACAAGCGAAAGGAGAUACAGAAGCUGGCGUCUGAAAAUGGUCUGGAUGCUCGUCUCUUCCACCAGGCCUUCAUCAGUUUCAGAAAGUACGUUUUGGAAACGGAGACGCUGGCCGCAGACCUUCACAUCGUUCUCAACGACAUUUGCUGCGGAGCAGGGCACAUAGAUGACAUCUACCCGUAUUUCAUGAGACACGCUAAACAGAUCUUCCCCAUGCUGGACUGCAUGGAUGACCUGCGCAAGAUCAGUGACUUGCGUGUACCAGCUAACUGGUAUCCUGAGGCCAGGUCUAUCCAGAGGAAGGUGGUAUUCCAUGCUGGGCCAACCAACAGCGGGAAGACCUACCACGCCAUCCAGAGAUACCUGGAAGCAAAGUCUGGUGUCUACUGUGGCCCGCUGAAGCUGCUGGCGCACGAGAUCUUUGAGAAGAGCAACAGCGCUGGCGUGCCAUGUGAUCUGGUGACCGGAGAGGAGAGGAUAUUCGUGGACCCAGACGGACAGCAGUCUGGUCACGUCGCCUGCACCAUUGAGAUGUGCAGCGUCACGACUCCAUAUGAAGUUGCAGUUAUAGAUGAGAUCCAGAUGAUCAGAGAUCCCUCGAGAGGAUGGGCCUGGACGAGAGCCCUCUUGGGCCUGUGUGCAGAAGAGAUCCAUGUGUGCGGAGAGGCAGCAGCCAUUAACUUUGUCACAGAGCUCAUGUACACCACAGGGGAGGAGGUGGAGGUUCGCAACUACGAGAGGCUGACCCCCUUCUCCCUAAUGGACCAUGCUUUGGAAUCCCUUGACAACCUGCAGCCGGGCGACUGUGUCGUGUGUUUCAGCAAGAACGACAUCUACUCCAUCAGCAGGCAGAUUGAGGUCCGGGGCCUGGAGUGUGCGGUCAUCUACGGCAGCCUUCCACCCGGAACCAAGCUGUCACAGGCAAAGAAAUUCAAUGACCCAUCAGACCCGUGCAAAAUCCUCGUUGCCACUGACGCCAUUGGAAUGGGGUUGAAUCUGAGCAUCAGGCGCAUCAUCUUCAACUCCCUGGUGAAGCCCAGCAUCAAUGAGAAGGGUGAGAAGGAGAUGGAUACAAUCACUACUUCCCAGGCUCUGCAGAUCGCGGGCCGAGCGGGUCGCUUCAGCUCCACCUUCAAGGAGGGCGAGGUGACCACGAUGCAUCGCGAUGACCUGCCUGUGCUGAAGGAGAUCAUGGGUCGGGCUGUGGAUCCCAUAGAGACAGCCGGGCUGCACCCAACAGCUGAGCAGAUCGAAAUGUUUGCCUAUCACUUGCCCGAAGCCACUCUCUCCAACCUGAUUGACAUAUUUGUGAGUCUGUCUCAGGUCGAUGGACUUUACUUCGUCUGCAACGUCGACGACUUCAAGUUCCUCGCGGACAUGAUCCAACACAUUCCGCUGAACCUGCGCUCGCGAUACGUCUUUUGCACUGCGCCUAUUAACAAGAAGCAGCCCUUUGUUUGCACCACGUUCUUGAAGUUUGCCAGGCAGUUCAGUCGAGAUGAACCCCUGACAUUCGACUGGGUGUGCCGUCACAUCAGCUGGCCCCCGAUGCCACCGAAGAACAUCAAGGACUUGGCGCACCUCGAAGCUGUUCAUGACGUGUUGGAUCUGUACCUGUGGCUAAGCUACCGCUUCAUGGACAUGUUCCCGGACGCCAACCGGGUGCGGGACAUUCAGAGAGAGAUGGACGAAAUCAUCCAAGUUGGCGUGCACAACAUCACGCGGCUCAUCCGGGCUUCCGAGGCCCAGAGCUCGGAGUCCCUCCCCAGUACGCAGCUGCAGACCCCUCCGCAGGUCCAGCGAAGGCUGCGAGGCUCCCAGGGCCGGGGUCAGCCCCCAAAGGACGUUUCGGGGUCCAGCACACUGGGGUCCCGCCUGGUGCAGGAGGGCCGCCUGACCAAAGACCUCCUGCAGCAGCUGCGAAGGGAGUGGUCCGAGGAGCAGAUGCACCCCGCGAGGAACGAACAGACUCACUCCCGGACAGGUGGGGGCAAAAGCAGAGCAGACAAGAAGAAAAGGAAAUGACUCCCCUGUCGUCCCCCAUGAUCGCCUUAGGUUCUAUUUUUGUAUCCUUUUAACGAGUGGGUCAUAUUUAUUGUCACCGAAGUUAUUUUUGUAUGGUUUGUAGGGUAUCACUUAUGAAUAAAGUGAGGGAUGCUGUACAAAUGACUGAAUACACGAGGAAGCGUGUUUGCGAGCGUGGAGAGGUGGACACUACUGCUGUUUGACACUGGCGAAGGGGGAAUGGAAGUUUUUUUUUUUUUUUUUUUUUUUUUUAAAGUAUGUGUAUGAUAAAUUUUUUUUUUUUAAUUUCACGCCACUUGUGCGAAGGACGAGUAGGAAUCCAAGGAUUCUUAAAUGUUGCUUCCUGACUUUGGUACUUCUUGUGGGUGAAGAUUAAAAAAAACAAUGUAGGACAGUUUUCAUUUACACUGGUCACCCCUCACCUAAUUCUCUUGUAGAGGAACAUUUAUUAACUUUUUUUUUAUGUUAACAUUAAAAUAUCAUGGGACAACUGGCCGACGUAUUUGUAAAGCCCUUGUUUUAUAACUCACGCUUGAGUCUCAUAGCCCCCCUCAAGGGUCAGAGCAUUUCAUAAAUGUACUAAAUAUGUAUAGUAUUUAGUAAUAUGAUUGCUAGAAAAUUCAAACCCUUGUACAGUUUACAUUUAUUCAUUUAACUGAUGCUUUUUCUCCAAAGCCACUUGCAGUAUUAAGAUACUCAUUUACCCAUUUAUACACCUGCAGCCGGAGGUGGGGAUCGAACCUACGGCCACAGUUGUGUAUUGAAGAUGAAUUCGGACAGCGCAGAAUUGUUUCUGAAAGAACAGAACAAGAGCUUGAUAACAGUGAUGUGGAAAAACAGCUUGCGCUCAAAAAAUGGAUUUCUCCCUUUACACUUUAAUUUUUGGCUGCUUAUGUACAGCUGUAGUAUGUGUGAAUCCCACCCCCUGCUGUAGUAGGAGGUUAUGUAUAGUCGAUGCAUAACCUGCAGUGUACAUCAUAAUCCUGUGCUGCACAUCCACUAAUCCUCCAACAUUUCCGAGCAUUGCAGAGUCAGAUCUUCUCAUGAUGUGCUCAAAGUGUGAUGACCUCAGCAUCAUCCUGGGUGCUUCUAGUAGGAGUUCUGGACAUUUGGGAGACCUAUCUGUCGUAUCUCUUCUACUGCCUUGAAAUGGGGCUGGAAAGCAGAUAAACACGUGUUGUGAUGA